CACCUGCAGCCCCAAGCCAUGUCCUGCUACAGCCCGUGCCGGCCCUGCCAGCCCUGUGGCCCCACCCCGCUGGCCAACAGCUGCAAUGAGCCCUGUGUCAGGCAGUGCCAGGACUCCACCGUCAUCAUCGAACCCUCGCCCGUGGUGGUGACCCUGCCUGGCCCCAUCCUCAGCUCCUUCCCCCAGAACACCGUGGUGGGAUCCUCCACCUCUGCUGCUGUUGGCAGCAUCCUCAGCUCUCAGGGAGUGCCCAUCAGCUCUGGGGGCUUUGGCCUCUCAGGCUUGGGCAGUGGCCUCUGUGGCACGAGGUGCCUCCCCUGCUGAAGCUGCUGGCCAUGGCCCUGGGCAAGGAAGCCAGGGACUGCCAGGAUGGAACCGCCCUGGGGACGCAGCAUCGGCUCUUGGCUUCCCCAGGGGCUGAGCAACCCCAGCAGCUCCUGCAGAAGGAUGGGGCCAGCCUGGGCUCUUGGCAAGCACAGCCCAUCCCUGCCUCUGCCCUCUGCCCCUCUCUCCUUUCCCUCCUGUGUCCCUGUUCCCUUGUGCACCCUGGGCUGUGACCCCACACAGCCAUCCUGGGGAGAACCUGCUGGCCCUGCUCCCUCUGGGUCAGGCACAGGGACACCUGCUGGCAUCUCUGCCACAGCCAUGUGAUGCAGAUUCUAAGCUGACCCUGGAGCUCUCUGCACUGAGGCCUCUACUCAGAGUGUCCUUGCUCUCAUCUUUUGACUCAUUAAAUUUCUGUUGCA